UGUCCCAGGCGGCAUUUCCUUCCUGUGCGAGGCCAGCUGAGGGCUGCUCCAGCCGCUGUUUCUGUCCCGGGGUUAACAAUCAAGAUGGUACAUGCUGAAGCCUUUUCUCGUCCCUUGAGUCGGAAUGAAGUUGUCGGUUUAAUUUUCCGUUUGACAAUAUUUGGUGCAGUAACAUACUUUACUAUCAAAUGGAUGGUAGAUGCAAUUGAUCCAACGAGAAAGCAAAAAGUAGAAGCUCAGAAACAGGCAGAAAAAUUGAUGAAGCAAAUUGGUGUGAAAAAUGUGAAGCUUUCAGAAUACGAAAUGAGUAUUGCUGCUCAUCUAGUAGACCCUCUUAACAUGCAUGUUACUUGGAGUGAUAUAGCAGGUUUAGAUGAUGUCAUUACGGAUCUGAAAGACACAGUUAUCUUACCUAUCAAAAAGAAGCAUUUGUUUGAGAAUUCUAGACUUCUGCAACCUCCAAAGGGUGUGCUUCUCUAUGGGCCUCCAGGCUGUGGUAAAACAUUGAUUGCUAAGGCAACAGCCAAAGAAGCAGGCUGCCGAUUUAUUAACCUUCAGCCUUCAACACUGACUGAUAAGUGGUAUGGAGAAUCUCAGAAGUUGGCUGCUGCUGUUUUUUCUCUUGCCAUAAAGCUACAGCCAUCCAUCAUCUUUAUAGAUGAAAUAGACUCCUUUCUAAGAAACCGUUCAAGUUCUGACCAUGAAGCUACAGCCAUGAUGAAAGCUCAGUUUAUGAGUCUGUGGGAUGGAUUGGAUACUGAUCACAGCUGCCAGGUCAUAGUGAUGGGAGCUACUAAUCGCCCUCAGGAUCUUGACUCGGCUAUCAUGAGAAGAAUGCCUACAAGAUUUCAUAUCAACCAGCCUGCUCUAAAACAAAGAGAAGCAAUUCUGAAGCUUAUCUUGAAAAAUGAAAAUGUGGAUAGGCAUGUAGACCUGUUAGAAGUUGCCCAGGAAACUGAUGGGUUUUCAGGAAGUGACUUAAAAGAGAUGUGUAGGGAUGCUGCCCUCCUCUGUGUCAGGGAAUAUGUUAAUUCCACAUCAGAAGAAAGCCAUGAUGAAGAUGAAAUUCGGCCUGUGCAGCAGCAGGACCUACAUCGGGCAAUUGAAAAGAUGAAGAAAUCAAAGGAUGCAGCAUUUCAGAAUGUUUUAACACAUGUUUGUUUAGAUUAAGAGUAAAGAUCAUUUGUACAGUUCAGUGAUCUAGUCUGAUGUGCCCUCUUAUCAGCUAGUGGAAAUACAAUGGGAGGAGUGCUCUGUAAACAGUGAGGGAGUUCUAUAUGUGAGGUUUUAUACUCUGAAUUCUAAGUUAUUGAGAUACAACUAUUAUAUAAACGGUAUUACUACUUGUCAGAAAUCAUGAGGAGGAACAAUUUAAUUCAGCCUGAGUGUGGGUGCUUGUGUUUGACCUCUUUAGCCAUAUGUUGUUACAGCCUUAUAGAAUCUAAGCUGGUCUUAACAUAACAAAUGAUUCAUUGGGUCUAGUGAGAAAUGGGGAUGUGGUUAGAGGUGCUGGUUCCUAGAUGUGUGAGUCUGUGUGAGUGUAUGUGAGUGUGUAUGUGUAUUAAAUGUAUAUAUCCACACAUUUUAUAUUGACAUUCUGUAGAUAUGUUUGAAUACAGAAACUUUUUUUUUUAACCCCAACUACUGAAUCCAAAAGUACCAGAUAGUAUAUAGCAAAACUGAGAUUUAAGGUUGUGUCUAAAGGUACAGUGAUUCAGCCAUUUGCAAUUGUCAUUUGUUUCAGCCUUUUUAAUUUGAGCAUUUCUCUGCUGCAGUUGGUUAGCUGGAUUAGCCACGUCUGAAUAUAUACAUGUGGCUUAAUCAUAUGGUUGUUAGGAUAAUCAAUCUUGUUCAGCAAUCAGCAUCAAAUGAUUGUUAGGUGGUCAUGUGAUCAACAUUGAGUUCUUUGUUUCUGCAAGCACACUAAGCUGAGUAGAUUUUUUUUUUAAUUUGUUUUAAAUUGAUUUACUUGAGGGUAGAUUAAAAGCCUUUUAAAAGAAUCGGUUUGAGAAAUAUCAGUGCCCUUCAGUACAUAUAUGUAACUUUCCUUUCUUCAUUUAACAGAGAAUUCUGUUGUAACCAUGUUUCUUUUUCUUUUAAAUGUUAUUUUAAGUUAUAUGUUCUUCAAUUAUGGUCACAUAUAAUUUGGUCACCAAAAAUGAAAUGAUAGUUGAAAACAAGUAGCUGUUGCUAAAUGUGCUUAAAAAAUACUCAUUUUGUAACUAGAAUUUUUAAAGUUUCUUAUUAUCAAUAGUGUCCUAGUUAAGAACAAAUAUACACCUCACAAUUCCCAUAUUGUAUCUGUAGUUAUUUGAUGCUAUGUGAACCACAUAUGAAAGAAUUUUUUUUUCAAAAUUCCACUAUCAUUCUGUUAUAGGCACCUAAACCCAGUGUGAAGAAAAUGGCACAGCAGAAUCUUGUGCCUUCUGAACCAUCAGAAAGAUUAAACCAUGCUUCAUGUUCUUGUUUUGUGUUUCUCUGAACUCUCAGUCUUUACUCAUGAGUUACUGGAUUAAUUUCUCUGAUGUCUUUCCUGAGAACUUAUGAUAGUUUAUUCUUCAGUUGUACUUUGCUGGUGAAAAAGUUGCAGAAUGCUUUGGAUAACAAAAAGCAAAUUAUGAAAGAUUGUGAAGAUGAUGAAAAAAAUGGAAUGCAAAAUACAAGAUACCAAAAAUAAAAAUUUUGUCCCAUUUUUAAUAA